AUGAAGGUCUUUUUGGCUAUCGGACUAUUUGCCUGUCUAUGCAUGGCAGUUUUAGGCGAUGGUUAUGGUAAUGGCGGGAACAAAGCACUUCCGGCGAAACCGUUUUGGCACGACGAACCGUCAUUACACCGACAUGGUGCUGUAGGACUUUAUCCUAAUAACAUCCAAUUAGCUGGAAACUUUUUCCAGUACCAGCCUCACCAACCAGCCCCAUCGUUUCAUGGUCCUAAAAAAACUAUACUUCACAAGUUUGGAGGAAAGGGUUUCAACGGUUAUGGAAAUAAUGGUCCUAAAGUGGGAGCUCCAGGUAUUCAGCACCCUCCAGUGAUGCCCCUACCGUACCACGGAUAUGGGGAAAGUGCGGUGGGAUUUUCCGGAGGAUUUGAUCCUUACUAUGUCGACCCUCGACCUGGUAUUCCAGAAACCCUGGACUAUCUUGUAGCUAGAGGAGGAGAAUUCGUCAAAAAGAAUUGGCAACCUCUCGCAUUGGCUGGAGCAGGACUGUACCUUCUGAAAAAGAAAGGAUAA